AUGGCAGAAAAGAUUCCAACUAUUUUGAUAAUAGGUGCGGGUCCUGGAGGACUUGCUCUAUAUCACUCAAUUCAAAAAAAUUUAAAUCAACCAGAAAAGAAAUUUAACGUUAGAAUUUUUGAAAGGGAAAGAUCGUUGGCAAGAUACAACAUAAGCAUUAAUAAAAACGGUAUCGUAGCUCUUCUCGAUUGCCUUCCCAAUUCGCUUCUAGCCCGUCUUCCAGAAGCGAUUCCAAAUCCUAUACCGGGUGAAUAUCACGCAUUCACUGCUACCGAUGAAACAGGGAAUUUUUUGUUGCACGAACCAUCGAAACAAGUAAAAAGUUUAUUUGAACUUCCCGGUUCUAAUAAUAACUUAAGCGUCUUAGUUAGCUAUAGAAAUAAAUUAAGGGAUUUAUUGUUAGAGGAUGUAAAUGUAGAAUGGAAUAAGAAGUGUAUCGGGUAUGAAGAAGUUGAUGACGGCGUUUGGGCAAUUUUCAAUGAUGGAAGUAAAGUGUUUGGCAAUUUUCUCGUGGCUUCAGAUGGAAUAAACUCUCCAAUCAGAAAAAAGAAGGUUCCGGAAUUAAAAGUUAUGGAUCUUGGGGCGACCUUCGUUGUCGUAGAUAUCGCUCCAAGCAAGAAACUUGUCGACGAGUUGAUGAAAUAUUAUGAUAAUAACCUAGUUCUGCAAUCUCUUGGUCCGAAUGGUGACUCAGUAUUCGCCUUGUUUCGUCGCAUACCCAUUGAAUCUAACAUAGUGAAUAAAUCCGACGAUGAAAUCCAUUACCGAAUGUCUCUCUACUACAUUUAUAACACAGAUUUUAGAAUGGAAGGGGUUAAUCUGAAUUAUGAUGUAGACGAUGAUAAUUCCGAGUCUUUGGUAAAUCACGUGAUCGAGAGAAUUGAAAAAUAUCGUCCACCCUGUGAAUUGAGAGAUUUGAUAAUCAAGUUAUGGAAAUGCGUACCUCUCACUACACUUGAAAAUUAUCCGUACAAAGAUUACAACGCUCCGAUAAGGAGGCAAAUGAGGGAUCUUGAUCCGUUAUCAGUCAAACCUUGGGAAACUACGCGUGUUACAUUAUUAGGAGAUGCGGCGCAUGCCAUGAACCUUGUAUUGGGUUUUGGUGCAAACCGCGCAUUAUGUGAUGCUGCAUUACUAACAGAAAAGUUGAGGAAUUUUGAGAAAUAUGGGUGGAAAGAAUGCUUUAAACAAUACGAACAUGAAAUGAGAAUUAACGCAUCUAAGGAUGUAUUGGUAUCUAGGGGACUGGUGUUAUCGCAAAACGUACCAAAAG